CGGUUACAAGCAUUUGAGAAGACAGCAAGUAAGACUCUCUUUAAGGAACAACUGCCAGGAGCAGUAAGAACCUUCAAGGAAGCCAUGCUUCAGGAGACGGUCGAUCAAGAAAUUCCUGUGCCCAAGCCACCAAUGAGCUGGCAGGACACUACACAAGACUGGGAGGUUGCAGUUCGCACAAUCAUGUGCCGACCAGAAUACCCUCACCAGCAGGAACCCCGUGGGGCGAAAUACACGGAGAAGGAAGCCACAGGAUGGCAGUACAAGCUCUGCGAAUAUAACGUCCGGGAUGCUAUCGCAGAUUGGAGAAUCGAUGACAUACACCAUCCUAAGAAUGAGAAGCACACGAACACCUAUGCCGUGAAGCAGAACAAAGAAGAGAAAGGGUACCAGUUCUACGACCAUUAUAAUAUGGUGAACAUGAUGGAUUUUCAUCAGACGGUUAUUCCUCAGACGAUUCAAAAAACUAGGAGUCCUCAGCAGUAG